GUGGUGGCCUUAGGAGAAGUGCCCGAUGGGACAGUGGUCACCGUCAUGGCUGGGAAUGAUGAGAACUACUCUGCAGAGCUGCGAAACGCAUCUGCCGUGAUGAAGAACCAGGUGGCCAGAUUUAAUGACUUACGAUUUGUGGGCAGAAGUGGAAGAGGGAAGAGCUUUACUUUGACAAUAACUGUCCUAACAAAUCCCCCCCAAGUCGCUACAUACCACAGAGCCAUAAAGGUUACAGUGGAUGGGCCAAGGGAGCCAAGAA